CCUUUCCUAAUCGUUCACGCCCUUGUACGGGUGGAAACCUAGCCAAGAUCCCCAUCGUCGCCGCCGCCGCCGUCGCCGUCGCCAUCGCCGCCGGCGGCCGCCAUUGGCAGCAGGGAAGAGGAUGAUCCGGCGAUUCUUGUACAUUGCUGACCACUGCUUUACAGGCCCCUCCCUCUCCCACAGGCUACGGCGAGUCAACCCAUCACAUCUCUUCUACCCCGAUGGCCAUCCACUAGCAACGAAACCGGAGCGAGCGACGGUGGAGGUGGAGGACGCUCGCCUGCCUCCACCCGCCAUGGCCUUCUGCUCCCCGGGCACCACGGCGACGGCCAUGGGCAUGGAGUUCAUGCGCAGGAACGACGGCAGCAUCGUCGGCAUCGACCACACCGGCCGCGCCGUCCUCUACGACCCCGCCGCGCGCGCCGUCCGCACGCUGCCCGCCCUCGCGGCGCCCAAGCUCAUGCCCGUCUCGGCCGCCGUCGGCGACGACCUGUACGUCAUGGAGACGACGCCCCUCCCCGACGGCGCCGGCUGCUUCGAGGCGCUCGUACGCCUCGAGGAUAAUCCCGCCGAGUCCGACUCCGACAAGUGGGAGGUAGGGGACAACUACCUCUGGCAACCCCUGCCGCCGCCGCCGCCGCCGCCGUCCCCGUGCGUGAACGCCUACGCCGCCGGCUUCGAAGGCUCCUCCCGCGGCAUGAUCUGCGGGUACGCGGUGGCCGGCGACGGCGACGGCGGCACGCGCAUCCUGGUAUCCACCACGACCAACGGCACCUACUCCUUCGACACCGCGAGCUCCGCGUGGAGCAAGGCCGGCGACUGGGAGCUGCCCUUCCGCGGCCGCGCCGAGCACGUCCCCGAGCACGGCCUCUGGUUCGGCAUCUCCGACAUGGAUGGCACCAUUCUCGGAGCGUGGAAUCUGUCCUCCGCGUUCCAGCAGCCGCAGCCGCCGGUGGCGAGCCUCCAGGUGAAGGGGUUCUCGGUGGAGAGCCACAGCGACGACCGGAGGAGGAGGGAGUUGGAGGUGUACGCAUCGCAGGUCGUCCACCUGGGCGGCGGCAAGCUGUGCGUCGCCAAGAUGUUCAGUGUUGAUCGCAGAGAAAGGGGUGAAAUAAAUUUCGCCAUGCUCACCGGCGUGGAGGUGGUACGCGGCCGUGGCGGGAAGCUCCGCGUCGUCAAGCACAAGUCGCGCCGUUAUAACUUCGGCCAAGACUACACCCCUGUUUAUCUACUCUAACGAGUAGAGUACUCCUACUUAGUACUGUCCUAAUAAAAACCCUUAUUUGAUUAAUCCUGCUCUUAUGCAGGAUACAUAUUCAUCGGUUAGUUUUAAAACUCUGCAUUGCAUAGCUCUGUAAACUCUGUUAGUAGAGAUGAAUGAUUUCAAGGAAGCAAUUCUAUUGUUAAGGACCUGAAAAAAAAACAUUUAUAACCUGAAAUACUUAUCAUCUGAUCA